UCCUAACAAAUCUAAUAACAAGCGGCAUGAUCUAACAGCCGUCUGUUUACGAAUAGCCAUGCGAUCGCUGGAUUCUCAUUAGGUUUUGUCUCACAAAAUGGAAUAUCGGAAGAUUUGUAAAUAUUAGUAAUCUUCAUUAGGUAACUGAAAGGUGUGCGUUAGGUGUCUCUUCUAUUCUUCUGGCAUCUUCAACAGUUUAAUUUAAAAGAAGUGCAAUGUAGUUGCCAAAUGGAAAGAAGACUGCCAUGUCUUUGGGACUUGGAAAAAAUUCAUAUCAACCGAUGACAAUGAGGAUGGAAUGGCAAGGCACAACUUAAUCAUUUCUAAUAGUGAAGACAAGCUGAAAAGUCACAAUAUCCAUCAGAAGAUGAAAAGUCCUUCUUCCAUAAAAAGACCAUUAAUCCAAAUGAAGUGAAGAAGACAAUGUAUCAUAAACUAAUCGCCAUAGCAGCAUGUUCCCAAUUUUGUUGCACCUUCUAUCACAUCCUGACAGCCAAUAGAAACUUGAGCUUCAUCACGCUCCUCACGUUACCUCUCCUGCUGAUACUACUUAACCAACUGACUUGGACUAUCACAUGGUUUGGACACUUGGACUAUCUCAAGUUGGAUCUUCACAAAUCUUCUUCAGCCCUGGCAAGAUCCAAUGUGGAUUACACCAAUACUGCAUCUGAUAUCACAACUGUAAGAACUCCCACAACCUCAGCGGCCGAGUUUCGUCCUAUUACUCGUUGGAAGGAUGCUAUUUUGAUGACAGCUUAUCGAAAAGGCAUUUAUGGGGACAGCUUGAAGGAUUUAAUUGGAGAUGAAUUAGACGACUAUGCAUGGAGACUUGGUGAUUACUGCAAAGCUAUGUAUUCUGGUGACGGUUUGUUUUACGAAUGUAAAAUUACCGCCAUGUUUAGUAAUUUUUGCACAGUAAAAUUCUUGGGCUAUGAUAAUACUGAAGAUGUUAGAAUUGAAGAUCUCAGAGAAACUGAUGGAAAGCAGGCUCGUAGAGAGCAAAUUCGAAUAGCUAAGGCCAUUUUGGAUGAGAAUGUGGAUGAAGAUGGAGAUUCAUCUGAUCUCGACGAUUUUCUUCCGAUGCGCAUGCGCCGUGCAAGACAAUCUGCAGCAGAUGGAGUUGUGUGUGCUGAUCAUUCUCCUGGGCGCAUAUGCCGUGCAAGCCAAUCUGCAGCAGAUGGAGCUGUAUGUGCUGAUCAUUCUCAUAGGCGCUGCCAUGCAAGCCAUUGCGCUACUGCGCCUUCUGUGUCUGCCAAUCAGUCAUUUAUGCCACCUCCAACAUCUAUGCCCCAGGGUCCAGCAUCUCUUGCCCCUUUUACGCUGCCACAGUGUCCAGGACUUCAUGGUCCUCCUAUGCUGCCCCAGGGUCCAGGACCUCAUGCUCCUCCUAUGCUGCCCCAGGGUACAGGACCUCAUGCUCCUCCUGUGAUGCCCCAGGGUACAGGACCUCAUGCUCCUCCUGUGAUGCCCCAGGGUACAGGACCUCAUGCUCCUCCUGUGAUGCCUCAGAGUCCAGGACCUCAUGCUCCUCCUAUGUUGCCCCAAGUUCCAGGAAUUCAAUCUCCUCCUAUGUUGCCCCAGGGUCCAGUCCCACCAAAUGAAAUGCCUGGUAUUCUAAAUGCUUGGUACAUGGCUGGCUAUUAUACUGGCUUGCACCAUUUUGAAGAUGAAAUCGCAGCAGGCAGGAUUACUACAACACAAGGAAGAAAUCUUCAAGAAGGCCAGGAGCUGGAGAGACUAUUACACCAUUUACACCGCUUAGAUGAAACAUUGCCGAAAGAGGGAGCCAUGGAUGCCAUUGCUGCCGCAACCAUUCCAAUCAGCGCUUUCCAUAUUAAAAAAUGAAUGUGAUGAGUUUUUUUUUAAGUUUCUCAAUACAUUAUCUCUCUUCAUUCCAUAUCUACAUAUUGAACUGAAUGUUAGUCGUUUCCUCUUAUUUGGUUGUGUUGUGAUGUGAUGUGAGCUUAUUUUAUGUGGAUGUAAUUCUUUUUUUGGUGGUCCAAUAAAUGUUAAGCCAAAUUG